AUGAGAACUGCCCUGCCCGUUCCUAGGCCGAUUUCUUGGCCGCCCAAAACUAUUCAAAAUGAGCUUGGAAUCGCAACGUUGUCUUUGGGCAACUGGAGGGAACAUAAACUAAAACCUCGCUUGGAGGCUGCCGCCAAAGCAGGUUUCCAAUGGAUCGACCUUUUUGAUGAGUGCUGGGCCGCGUACCUUGAGGAGCACGGUCUAGAUGGAGAGAAAUUGUGGGAAGCCACUGAAGACAACCUCCGAGUGGCUCGAAAACUAGGUGCCUUGGUGAAAUCGCUGGGGAUGAGGAUAUCCUGUACGCAGCCGUUGCGAAAGGUCGAGGGCAUCAAAGAUCCUGUGGAACGGCGAGAGACUCUUGACCUGGUGGCCCAAAGAUUUCCUUUCAUGAGAGCCUUUGACACGGACCUUGUUUUCAUGUGCGCGAGUAUACGCUCCGACGCCGGUGUGACUUCAGACUUGAAAGCGGUGGCUAAAGACCUGGCCGAGAUGGGCGAUAUGGCUGCCGCCUUCGCCAGGGCUGACGGUGGCCGGAUGUUGAAAAUAGGCUACGAGGGUCUCUCAUGGGCCACGAGAAAUACCUGGUCGGCAUCCUGGGAAGCAGUACGUGCGGCCAACAGACCUAACGUUGGCCUCGUCAUAGAUGCUUUCAACGUUCUUGCCGUCGAGUGGGCUGAUCCUUACAACUCUGCUCUCCACGGGCGCGUCUAUUCCACUGUGGAGGAGUCCAUCGAGCUGCUAUGCCUAUCUCUGGCCUCUCUCGUCGCUUCCGUCCCAGGCGAGAGGAUAUUCUUCUUCCAGGUCGGUGACGCAGAACUCGUUGAUCCUCGAAAUUUUCAAGCGCCUACAGAUCCGGAGACUCCAGCUUUGUUGCCCUGGUCUCGAGGCCAUCGUCUAUACCCGUUCGAAAGCUCGAGAGGCGGCUACAUGCCAGUGGAACUCGUCGCCGCAGCAGUACUUGCGACAGGAUACGAGGGACCCAUAUCCCUUGAGGUCUUCAACAAUUCGCUCAGUGUCUCUGGUGAAAACGUGCCGCCUGAGCACGCAAGACGAGGCAUGACAAGUCUUAAAAAGGUGGCUAAAGCGAUGAAAAGUAUUCCUGCGUUCUGGGAUGCUCGGCAAGAAGUUUCUAUCGAUGAGUUGGUUCAGAUAUAUCGAUCAAAUCGACGACAAGAGCCUAACUUAUGA